UUGGUUUAAAGAAUGAAGGGCUGUGAUUGUCUAGCCAAGGUCAUUGUGCUCUUCCUCCUUGGAAACUUUGAAACUGAGGUCAGAGCCUCUCUUUCUCCUUCCCUCCUUAGCUUUCUCCACACAAGGCCCACAGCUGGAUGCCUGAGCCAGGGGCAUGAUGGAGGGACAAAUUAAGAUCGUUGGGUCUCUGGUGGGAUAAGGGCCCAAGGAAAAAGGAGCCUGAUGUUGGUGAGUCAGAUAUUGCAGGGAGCAUCCUCAGUGGGGGACAGUGGGUCAGGCCAGUUCAGAGACCUGUCUCUAGAGUGGGAAAGAGAAGACACACACCUAGAUCUCUGUUGGUUGAGGAAACUCUGGACCAAGAAGCUGGGUUAGAAUGGGAAACAAAAGGACCUUCAAGGCUGGGGGAAGAAACAUGGCAUUAGUUACAAAGUUCUGCCCCAGUGAGGGACUGGAAUCUGGCAGUUUGGGGGUGGAGUCGGGGGGUAGAAUCUGAGGUAGUAAACUGAUGUUAACUAGAAACUCAAGCAGGGAUGCCUAGGUUUCUUAGGGCGCAGGGACUGGGGAUGUGCAAAGAGGAACUGUUGGCAGUACUUGUGACCAUAAAGAUAGUAGUGAGGGGGCAGUUUAUGAAUUGAGGGGUCCUCCCAGCAAUAUCUGGCAUAUAGAUAUUUAAUAAUUAUUUGUGAAGACAAGAGGUUAGGUAGUUCCUGGGGAUCAGGGGUCCUAAGUUUCUGAAGAGGCAUAAGAAAAUACCUGGGUUCUAUUCAGGGAGAGGAUGGAGGCAGUGAGUAAGGGACUCCAGACAGCUUGGAGAUGCAAAUCCCAAAAGGGAGCUUUGUACCUCUGUGGGAGUUGGAAGCAAAGGUCAGGGUUGGGGGCUCACUCCCUUAACCCUAGGACCCAGGAGUUCCUAUGGAUCUACCAGAUUUCCCCGCCUACGCACAGGCACCCUUGGCCUGUAACGCCUUCUCUGCCCACUGGGGGGCGGGGCUUGAGAGGGCCGGUGGCUGUUCUGAAGCCUCGAGGGCCAUCAGUUCCUACCGGAGCCGCUGCGGGUGCCAUUCCACCCAUGGCCGGACACAGGCCCUCAAACCACUUCUGCCCCCUUCCAGGCAGUGGUGGGGGCGGCCCCAGAGGGCCGAUGCCCCUGCGGGUUGACACUUUGACCUGGUUGAGCACCCAGGCGGCCCCUGGCAGGGUGAUGGUCUGGCCGGCAGUCAGGCCAGGGGUCUGCCCAGGCCCUGAGGUGUGGAGGAUUCCCCUGGGUACCCUGCCACACGAAUUCCGGGGCUGGAUAGCACCCUGCAGGCCCUGUCUUGGAGCUAGUGAGGCAGGGGACUGGUUGCGACGCCCCUCCGAUGGCGCCCUCCCCGGGCCCUACAUUGCCCUGCGGAGCAUCCCGAAGUUGCCGCUGCCAGAGGACAUCUCGGGCAUACUGAAAGAGUUGCAGCAACUGGCCAAGGAGCUGAGGCGGAAGAGGUUGAGCCUAGGGUACUCGCAGGCUGAUGUGGGGAUCGCUGUGGGAGCUCUAUUUGGGAAGGUGCUUAGCCAGACGACCAUCUGCCGCUUCGAGGCCCAGCAGCUAAGCCUCGCCAACAUGUGGAAGCUGCGACCACUGCUGAAAAAGUGGCUGGAGGAAGUGGAAGCAGAGAACCUUCUUGGCUUAUGCAAAAUGGAGAUGAUCCUGCAACAGUCUCGGAAGUGGAGACGGGCAAGCAGGGAGCGACGAAUCGGAAACAGCCUGGAGAAAUUCUUCCAGCGGUGCCCUAAGCCCACAACUCAGCAAAUCAGCCACAUUGCUGGGUGCCUCCAGCUGCAGAAGGAUGUGGUUCGAGUUUGGUUCUAUAACCGCAGCAAGAUGGGCAGUCGAUCAACCAAUGAUGCUUCCCCACGGGAGAUUGUGGGGACAGCCGGGCCUCCUUGCCCAGGGGCACCAGUGUGCUUUCACCUGGGACUGUGGCUCCCAGUGGAUAUCCCCCACUAUACACGCCUCUACUCUGCAGGGGUAGCCCACUCCUCUGCCCCAGCCACCACUCUGGGCCUCCUCAGACUUUAGGGCUGAGGGACUUGCCCUUCGCGGCACAGUUGGAGAGGGAAGAAGAAGGGAAAACCCAGGAAAUGUCUCUGGGGUUCAUUUGAAGGCUUUUAGCAUUAAUUUCUCAUUCACUGUCUAAAGAAGUUAAGGAUACAUAGUAGGGAAUGGGGGUGGGAAUUGUUCAAGAAAAACCUGGGAGAGAAGAUUAAGUUUAUUGCAGUUUUGUGUUUUCCCUUUGUUUCCCUAGCAUUGGUUUAAAGGUACAUUACAGUAUAUAGAUGGUUUCGAUAUUUUGUUCCUUUUUUUAUUAAAUAUUGUGUCUGUUA